AUGGCUCAUUCAGGCAAGAUUCAUCUUGGGGUUAAUCAGGAUAUAAUUCAUUUUGAUUUGAUUUAUUUUGAUUUGAUUUAUUUUGAUUUGAUUUAUUUUGAUUUGAUUUAUUUUGAUUUGAUUUAUUUUGAUUUGAUUCAUUUUGAUUUGAUUUAUCAAGAUAUGAUUCAGUUUGGUUUGAUUCUUCAAAGUGCAAUUCAUUUUGAUUCGAAUUAUCUGAAAAUAUUUCAUCUUGAUAUGUUUCAUAUAGAGAUAAUUCAUCAUCGUAUGGGAAUUGCGAUUCUUGUUCUUGUGACAUGA